AUGAGAAUCGCAACAGAGACAGCAGGAGCUUUAUCAUAUCUUCACUCAGCUGCUUCCAUACCAAUUGUCCACAGAGAUGUUAAGAGCGCCAACAUUCUCUUAGACGAAGAUUACACUGCCAAAGUCUCUGAUUUUGGAGCUUCUAGAUUUGUUCCAUUGGAUCAAACUGCACUAGCUACAAUGGUGCAAGGAACUUUUGGUUAUUUGGAUCCAGAAUACAUGCAAACUAGCCAACUAACCGAGAAAAGUGAUGUGUAUAGCUUUGGUGUUGUGCUCGCGGAGCUUCUUACAGGAAAGAAACCUUUUUCAUUUGAGAAGUCGGAAGAGAAGACAAAUCUUGCUAAGUACUUCUUAUCUUGCGUGAAAGAGGAUUGCUUGUUGGAGGCUCUUCAAGUUGGAAUACUGAAUGAAGGAAAUAAGCAGGAGAUUGUGGAAGUUGCUAUUAUUGCAACAAAGUGUUUGAGACUUACAGGGGAAGAAAGACCAAGUAUGAAGGAAGUGGCAAUGGAAUUGGAGGGAAUAAGGCUAAUGUCAAAGCAUCAGUGGGUUAAUAAUGGAGACAAGAAUUUUGAAGAGAUCCAACACUUACUUCCUAUAUCAUCAUCGUCAGAAAGAUAUGAACAUGGUGAUAGCAGUAGUGGUCAUCAAACUACACAAUAUGAUAGCAUCAUGAAGGAUCAAGAAGAAAUUGCUUCUCGGAAAUUCUCACCUUCUUUCAACGGUGCCACCCCGCAACAGUCGCCAUUGCGCAUAGCCUUGGGAGACGCUGUCAUGCGCACCGAGAAGGACCGUGCAACACCGUCGCGAGGAUUGCUUCGUUCGUGCAGCCGUGGAUGUCCCAGUCGGAGAAGAUUCCCCCCAGCCGGCGACGGUUCACCCUCCGACAUCGUCAUUCAUCACCACAAGGGUGGACAUGCCACUUUCUAUGGUGGUGGUGAUGCUUCCGGCACAAUGGGUCAGUUUAUUGGAGCCAUUUUUUGUGCAUGUGUUGAUUAUAUUAACAUAAUAAUAACAUAA